AUGUCGGACUCCGACGACGACUGGGUUACGAGAGCCUUGGCCGACGACACCCUCGUGGCGGACCUACUCCUCCGCAUCCGCCACCCCCAACCCUGUCUUAACUUGCACUGGACCGUUCGUCAGCCACGUUCUCGGCCCCACCACAACAAACCCCAAUCAACCAGGGGCAGCCCCACCACCCCCCUCUCCUGGACCGACGCCGAACCAUCUCUCCAUGCCUCAGCCUCGGGAUCUAAGGCUGUAGAUCCCGGUGAAACAACCACAGCUAAAAGGUCGAGAAAGAGAAAGGAACUUGCAUCCUUGCAUCUCACCAUGGAGAAAAAAAAAGCAACAAACGAAAGCUUAAAGAAAAUAAAGCUUGAUUUGACGUCACAACAGACCUACAAAACUGGGAAAGCGAUCCUUUACCCACCACAGUUUGUGGAGGCUCACUGCCAUCCAGCACAAACAGUCCAAGACAAGGUCCUUAAUGAUGAAUCAUUUGUUCGUAUAGCAAUUGCUUCCUCAAAGCAGAAAGAGAUUAGUAACCAAGAAUCUUCAUUCUUGCUUCCGGAUCUAAAUAUACCCAUAGGGGAAGAUUUAAACUCCAACGACAUUCCUGAAUUAAGUUAA